AUGGCGAAGCUUGCCAUCAACUGCGCUGGACACAUGAAACUAGGGCGUCUCAUCCAGAGUCAAGACAAGUCUCGUUUCCCCAACCCAGUCAUCCUAGCAAGAGACUGGGCCAGAUUCGAUCAGCCUUUUUCUAUAGGAAAGUUGAUCAUCAUUGCGAACAACUGCUCUCCACUUAGGAAAUCUGAGAUCGAGUACUAUGCGAUGUUGGCGAAGGUUGGAGUUCACCACUUUAAUGGGAAUAAUGUGGAUUUGGGCACUGCUUGCGGCAAAUAUUUCCGGGUGUGCUGCCUCAGCAUCAUCGAUCCGGGUGACUCGGAUAUCAUCAAAAGCUUGCCCGGGGAGCAGUCUUUUAGAGAGAGAGAGAGAGAGAGAAUUUCUAAUUUUAAUGGCUGGUUUUACAGGGGUCUGUUUGUUAUAGAGGCCCUUUCAGUAUAAUGUGAAUUUUGUUGUUAGAAGUCACUCUAGAACGGUUUUUAGAGACUAAAACCUUUGAAACCAUGUGGGGUGUGGGACUGCCCAUUUGGUGGGUCCUACAUGGACACAGCUUGGAGACCGCAACAGUUGGAUGAUACGCAGAAUGUGUCACUGGCAUUAUUCAAACUGGUGGUGGAAAACUGAGUGGAUUACUGAAAAAUUCAGC